CCCGAUAAAUUCCACCACUUCCACCAGUAGGCUACAAAUUCUCACCUGCUCCCCUGUUUCUUGGUUCCCCUCCUCUUCCUCCUCACCUCUCAUCACACUGUCACACACCCUCACCUACCACUCUUCUUCUUCCUCCUCUCCUCUGACCUGCGGGUUGAUCGCCGGAGCGGCGACAAGAUGUUCGGCGGCGGCGGGCGGAAGCCGCUGGACUACGAGGAGCUGAACGAGAACGUCAAGAAGGUGCAGUACGCGGUGCGCGGUGAGCUCUACCUCCGCGCCUCCGAGCUCCAGAAGGAGGGCAAGAAGAUCAUCUUCACCAACGUCGGCAACCCGCACGCGCUCGGCCAGAAGCCGCUCACCUUCCCCCGCCAGGUGGUGGCGCUGUGCCAGGCGCCGUUCCUGCUCGAUGAUCCCAACGUCGGCCUUAUCUUCCCCGCCGACGCCAUCGCGCGAGCCAAGCACUACCUCUCCAUGGCACCCGGUGGUCUAGGUGCUUACAGUGAUUCUCGAGGUAUCCCUGGAGUAAGGAAGGAAGUCGCUGAGUUCAUCCAGAGGCGUGAUGGGUAUCCAAGUGAUCCAGAACUCAUUUACCUGACAGAUGGUGCCAGCAAAGGUGUGAUGCAAAUGCUGAAUACCAUUAUCAGAAAUGAGAGAGACGGGAUUCUGGUCCCUGUUCCACAAUACCCACUUUAUUCUGCUGCCAUUUCCCUGUUUGGUGGUUCUCUCGUUCCAUACUACUUAGAAGAAGAGGCUAACUGGGGACUUGAUUUCGUCAAUCUCCGACAGACCGUCCAAUCAGCCAGGUCAAAGGGAAUCACUGUUCGAGCAAUGGUGAUUAUAAACCCAGGAAACCCCACUGGCCAGUGCCUUAGUGAAGGAAGCAUUAAGGAACUUCUGAGCUUUUGCUUCCAGGAAAACUUGGUUCUGCUUGCGGAUGAAGUCUACCAACAGAACAUUUAUCAAGAUGAACGCCCAUUUAUAAGUGCUAGAAAGGUUCUGUUUGACAUGGGUCCUCCUAUGAGCAGGGAAGUUCAGCUAGUUUCUUUCCAUACCGUGUCGAAAGGAUAUUGGGGGGAGUGUGGACAGCGUGGAGGGUAUUUUGAAAUGACUAAUCUUCCUCCCAAGACAGUAGACGAGAUCUACAAGGUUGCAUCAAUUGCACUCAGUCCAAAUGUUCCUGGGCAGAUCUUUAUGGGUUUAAUGGUUAACCCUCCAAAGCCUGGAGAUAUCUCUUACCUGAAGUUUGCUGCUGAAAGCAAGGCUAUCCUUGAGUCUUUGAGGAGGAGAGCACGCCUGAUGACAGAUGGUUUCAAUAGUUGCCGAAAUGUUGUCUGCAAUUUCACAGAAGGAGCUAUGUACUCCUUUCCCCAAAUACGCCUACCACAAAGAGCUAUAGAUGCUGCCAACAGAGCUGGCAAAGCGGCCGAUGUUUUCUACUGCCUCAAGCUUCUCGAGGCAACUGGAAUAUCCACUGUUCCAGGCUCAGGUUUCGGCCAAAAAGAAGGGGUGUUCCACCUGAGGACGACCAUCCUGCCUGCGGAAGAGGACAUGCCUGCCAUCAUGUCCAGUUUCAAGAAGUUCAACGACUCCUUCAUGGAUGAAUACGAUGGCUACGGCGGUGGUAGUAGCUACUCCAGGAUGUGAGAAGAAUGCAAGAUGGCCAUGAUGAGAACUACUCCAGGAGAAGAGAGACAGAAUCUGCCUCAGCGUGGCUGAUCGAGCAGUUAUAAUUAAAGGAGACUGUUAAUUAAUUAAUUAAUCAAUCAAUCGAAAGGCUAAUUAUUUGCUGCAUUCUGUAACUCGGUCUACUGAAGAAAAAUGCUUCUUGUCGUUGAUUAUGCAUAAUGUAUAGGGGAAAAUUAUUUCUGCUCCGUGGGAAUUGAAUAAUAUGAGCACACCCACCGUUUACAGUCUACUGGUACAUAUGGUCAUGUAUGGCUGCAGUA